AUGCGUCAAACUGUAGCAGCUGCAGCAGCGGCAGCGGGUGCAAAUUCACAAUCUGUGAUUGCCACAUUUGCUCAGGAGCACUCAUCUGUUGCCGCCUCCACAUCGGCCACUGUUUCAGCAAGCAGCGUUACCGUGACAUCAACAACUACCACAAAUGCCAGAAGAACAGCUGUGACAAGUAAAUUAGAGAAGGAAAAUGCUGCUGUUUGUGAGGGGAGCAGUCGCAACGCCAUUCAGUAA